AUGGAGGGAGUGCUACUGAAGUGGACCAACUAUCUCUCAGGGUGGCAACCUCGUUGGUUUAUUCUAGACAAUGGAGUACUAUCCUACUAUAAGUCUCAGGAAGAUGUCAAUAAUGGAUGCAAAGGAUCAAUUAAGAUGGCAGUCUGUGAUAUAGUUGUUCAUCCAACAGACAUGACCCGGCUGGACCUGAUCAUUCCUGGGGAGCAACAUUACUACGUCAAAGCUGGGACCCCACAAGAUAGGCAGUCCUGGCUGAUAGCCUUAGGCAGCUCCAAGGCAUCCUUCAGUGAGGCUAGUGCUGCCAAGAAAGAGGCAGAUGCUGUGCCAGAUCUGAUGAGGACCAAGAAGUCAGAACUGCGUUUGUACUGUGAUCUUCUCAUGCAGCAGGUUCACUCUAUCAAACAAACCGUGUCCACGUCGGAUGGCAAGCUGGAUGUUGAGAAGCUGACAGAAUCCACCUCAUUGGUGGUGGUAACAUGUGACACCUUCAUUGCCACCCUUGAUGAAUGCAUGAAGCUGGUGUCCAACACACCCAUGUUUGAAUCCCCACACCAGCACGUCCGUGACGCUGCCAUCCCAACGUCUCCAACAAGAGCUAAUGUUCAGAGAUUACCAGGAACAAGAUCGGUUAUCACAAGACCUGUUGAAAACAGAUCUUCAAAACACAGGACGGUUUCAGUUAGUUCGACAGACAGUAUGAAGAUUCACACACAAUCCUCCCCAUUUCCCUCACUCAGCAUUAGUUCCACAUCCAAAACUUCCCUAUCUCCCACACUUCAUUCCCCCAAUCCAUCCCAUCCACCAUCUGGGCACAUGGUGCCACAUUUUCCCAGCGUCUCGCCAGUGAGGUCUGAUUCUGCAACUCCAUCACCUGAACUCCCUGGCCGCACUCCAUCUCGGUCACCCUCGGACCCUUCUGUGAAACAUGGGGUCAACGGUAUAGCUGAUCCUACUGGGAGUUCUAGCAGUUCCCUAAAGACAGCCCAUGAACAAAUUAGUUCUCAUGCCCCAUCAUCAGCGACUUCAUCUGAAGAUCUGGAGAACCUCGAUGAUUUCAAGGAUGCUAUUGAUGAAAACAUCCUGACAUUUUUCUCAUCCAUGCCCAAAAGCUUUGCUCAUGUGGAUACUAGCCAGGAAGAUCAGAUUCUGGUGGUCCCAUUUUUGGACGCCUGCAGACAUCUAGUCCCUAUAUUUGAUAAACUCAACAGCACUGCUUUUGCACCUGUUAAAAUGGAUUUUUGUGGCAAUAUAAAGAAAAUCCAUCAGAAGUAUGAAAGCAAUCCAAGCAAGUUCACCACUUUACAGUCCAUGGUGCUAACUGAGGUGGAAGGUAACCAGCACACUAACUCCAGCUCUGCUACAUGUGCAUUGUUAUGGUUGAAGAGGAGUUUGGAAUUUAUCCGAGAGUUUUUAAGGGAAUGUAACUCUGGCAGCACAGACAUGAGUGUUUGUGCCAGCAAUGCUUACUCUCGAACCCUAAAACUCUACCAUGGAUGGGUAGUCCGAGGAGUGUUUGCGAUGGCAAUCAAAUCUCUUCCCUACAGAGAAACAUUCCUGAGCCACUUGGCAGCAGGAAGCACAGAAAUCGACACAACAAGCAGCCAGUUUGAGCAUGUGUUGUUGACAGAUAUUGAGAACUUUGUGUUUCACUUGAACCGAGUUCUCACUGUCCUUAGUGACUUCUACAUCAAACAUUCCCUAGAUUCCUUGGACACUGUAUGA